AUGACAGAAAGUCACCCGAGGACCAAACUCAAAAGAAAGAAGUCCUCCGUGGAGGAGCUCCAGUCAGAGGCAUGUGUCAGACAGACACCGAGGAGCGGCCCGACGGCGCUGUUUCCCGGUAGCAGCGCAGCGAAGCCCGCCGGGUCAGCGGUUCCUGCAGCAUCGUGGUGGAACACUCAGCCGCUGCCUGCUGUGGACGGCCUCUGGGCGUCCACGCUGACGUCUGCUCUGCCCUACCUAGAAAACCAGCACUGGGACCCGGUUUCUGAUCUGCCACGUCCGUCUGCAGUGAGAGCUCUGAGGGUGGAUGAAGUGCUGUGGUGUGACCUCAACAGUCAGGUUCCUGCCUUUCCUGAGCCCUCUGCACCUUCUCCAGGGGUUCCAUCAAGCCCACGUUCUCUCGGCUCCUCCCAACAAGACCCCUCAGCACAGACCAAACCUGCACCACAUCCACCUGAUCAACAGCUGUUCUCUUCCAGCCGCCAGAGUCCCGACAACAGGGCAGCAUCUCCUCAACACGUGAGCAACAGACAGCAGUCGUCCCUUCACAGGCAGGACGAGGCAACACCAUCGGCUGGACCCUCCAGAGAUGGAGGAGGAGAAGGAACGACAGGAGGAGAACCAGAAGAAGAGCCUGGACCAGUCAGCAGGCAGCUUGUGAGCGUAUCUGACAGCCGAGCUCCGCUGCAGGAGGAGGGUGGAAAUACAGAGGAGGUGACGGAGGGUGAAGAAGGAGAAGCGGUGCAGAGGAGUGGAGGAGUGGGAGUGCUGCAGAGCUGCCCCAUGUGCCUGCAGCUGUUCCCUGACGGGUUCACCCAGAUGGACUGUGACGGCCACCUGGCCCAGUGUCUGUCGGAGUUGAACGUGGACAUGACCUGGUGAGUCGACAGGACGCUGGCUGCUGUCCACGAGCUACAAGCUGCCCAGAUGCCCCGCACGCUCAGGAUCAUAUCAGAUGGAGCAGGACACACCCUGAGAGCAGCUCAUGCAAAUAACCCCCCCGUCCAUUACCGUUACACAGACUGGAGUCUGGGAGGUACAAGGUGAGAUAACAAGGAUGCUCACCUGUUCUGUGUAAAGUGAUGGAGGAUGGGAAGGUACUAAGACGUUUACUCUGGAGCUACCUGGGCAGCUUGGUCAGACUCCUCCAUCAUUCCUCAAUUCAUUCUUUUCAACUCCAGACUUAAGAUCCCAGAUUUCUACUCUGCCAGAACCGGUCCACAUGGCCUCUGAUGCCUUCAGCUGGUCAAGAGGCUCUUCUGACUAACAGACCGUCCAGCCCUCAUCACGCUCCGGGAGAUGAAACCAGAAAUGGAUUUGUGUGUGAAAGAUACGACCAGAGGAGAGGAGUGAACAUGUGAACACCUCUUUAUGACGUGUGGACGUUCAGAGCCAGCGAUGUCUUACAGCGAGACGAUGACACAAUCCUGUUCACGUCUAGGGUUCACGAUUCUCUUGGAAAUGUUCACGUUUUUAUUAACAAAAUAAAAAGAGCAAAACAAGCUAACGUUCAUAGUUUCUGCUGGUCAGCUGCCUGCCGAUGUUAGCUUAUUCCACACUCCACUUCCUAUGUCAUGACGACACUCUUAUGUUUCCUGUGACUGCAGAAGCGUUCUUCUGACUUUGAGCCAGGCAAGCUGUUUAUUCCCUGAUUCUAGUUUGUACGAGCAGAAAGUUCAGA